CAAGAGAAAAAUAAACCCUUCAACCUAUGGAGGAAGAUAAUCCCCAAAUACUUGAAUAUGCUCACUCUGAGUUUAAAAGACAGAAUUUCAAACGGGCAGAAGAACUUUACUCAAAGUUUAUCUCGUCCUGCGCACAGUUCAGGGAAUGUGAAGCAAGUAGUUUGGCCGGUGCUUAUAACAACCGAGGACAGAUAAAGUACUUCCGGGUGGACUUUAAUGAAGCAGUAGAGGACUUCACUUCCGCCAUACGGACUGACAGCCGGUUUGAAAUACCUUUCUACAACAGAGGUCUCAUCCACUACAGACUGGGUUUUUUCGACGAUGCCAAGAGUGACUUCCAGCAAGCAUUAAAGCUCAAUCCAGAUUUUGAAGAUGCCAAAGUGAGCCUGCAACAGGCACUUCUGGACCAGCAGCACAAGAUAAACAGGGGAUACUGACAGCUUCAUAAACUAUAGAGUACAUAUUUUAUAUCUCCCUAAAUCUGGUGGCUAAAGAAAACAUGUACAUUCUAUCAAAUAAAGUCAAUUAACUUACAUUUAUGUACAACUGUCAUAUAACAAAUUAUCAUUAUUUGAUCUGAAGAGGAAUAUUUAGAUUUUUUUAAAGAUAUCAGCACAAAGAUAAACAUGAAAGUGAAACACAAGCAACAUAAAGCAACCUGCACAAGCAUUGACACCCAUGAAAAUCAGCAAAAACAUUUGUAGUUUGAACACAUGAAAGGAUGUAGACAUGCCAAUGGAUCAAGCGCAACGCUUGCAUGGAUUUUGUCAAGCAGUGCAUUGAUAAUUCCUUUUCAGCACUCUUCCAGUUGUAAAAAAAUGUUAUGGCCUAAUAAGUGAAAGUAUAUCAUUGUAUAAGUCUGUGUGUGGACUGCGCAGACUUAUCGACCAAUGCGCAACAAGUGAAACUAUGAUCUUGGGUUUUUACUGUUGUUAAUAAAUGUUAUUGCACCAUCCUGACGACACUGGGAGGAGGUUUGUGACUAUAAACAAACCUUAAUUAAGUGUUAGCAUACAGUAAAGGUAAUAAUUCUCUCAGCUGCAAAGGAAAAACAUGUUUUGUGUCUUAAAUUUAGUCUUUCUAAAAGUAUGGUUUUAAGGAAAGAUUGUCGUCUUCUUUUGACACCGUGCCUCUCUUGAAUAAUUAAAAUGAUAUAUUUCUGAUGCCAAACUCAAAUGUAUAUAUGUUUGCAAC